UCUCUCUCUCACUCUCUCUCUCUCUCUCCACCUUUCCUCUCUUGUCACCUGUCCGUUCGAUAGACGCUGUGGAUAUUUGUUUGUGUCCUUUAUAGUGGAUGAUUCACCACUCGCGGGGACUCCCCCCUCCCCACCUCCUCCACCCGUGACAUAGAAAUGGCUGCUCCGCGCGCGUGAGGACCCGAUGCGCGCCUCCGGAAGCAGUUCGCCGCGGGCGGCCGCGUGACGAGGAGGAUGCGGCUGGCGCAAGUCGAACCCACUCGACCCGGUCCACCUGGACGCCCCCUUUGAGCUGAACUCUGAUGCUGAAACCCCACCGCUUGAACGCUGAAUCCCCGACCCAAGACGGCAAGUGAAGAUGGGUCCUUGGUGUUGAAUGUGGUUUUCUUUAGACUGGCGUCCAGUCUGAUCAACAUCGUCAGUGAUGUAGUCAGCCUGUGCAUCUGCGUGCUCAUCAUCUGCAGUAAGUACUCCCAUCUGCUCAAAAGGGAGACCAUGAAGAUGAUCCUCCUGAGGAAAUUCCGGGUCCUGAUCCUCAUGGUGUUCCUGGUGGCUUGCUCCAUGCACAUCAUGAUCGACCUGCUGCCCAAGCUGGAGAGGCACGGCGCCGCCGGCGGAUGCUCCUGCUCGCACACGCCCAGCGAGGAGCCCGGCGGCUGGGCCGCCAAGCAAGGGUGGCCCAACAAGCACACCCUGCGCAUCCUGCAGGACUUCAGCAACGAGCCCAGCGUCUCCAACGUCUCCUCCCACUCCCUGGAGAAGGUCCCCGUCAUGGCGGGAGACAAGUCUCCGGGGUUCAGGAGGUUGGAGCUCUACGGGCAGCGCGGGGACAGGAAGCGGCAGUUCAUCCAGGGCGCCACCAUGAGCAAGAACACGCCGGUGAAAGGGUCAAGGCUGGCCUCCUUGUAUGAACACUCCUUAUACAAAAGGCCCCUGCCGGCGCUCACGGACGAGGACACGCUCUUUAACGUCAACACAGACAUCCGCUUUGACCCCAAAGCAGCAGAACAAGACUGGAAUGGCAAAGGCAACCCGGACGAGUUCAGCCCGACCGGAGAGCUGACGGCGGACACCUAUCCCAACUGGCUGCGCUUCCACAUCGGAAUCAAUCGUUACGAGCUCUACUCGAGACACAGCCCCGUCAUUGACGCCUUACUCAAGGACCUAGUCACCCAGAGGAUCACCAGUGUGGCAAUGAAAUCUGGAGGCACCCAGCUCAAGCUCAUUAUGACCUUCCAGAACUACGGCCAGGCUCUCUUCAAACCCAUGAAGCAGACUCGUGAACAGGAGACGCCCCCAGACUUUUUCUAUUUCUCUGACUUUGAGAGACACAAUGCUGAGAUCGCUGCCUUUCACCUGGACAGGAUUCUGGACUUCCGCCGUGUGCCCCCUGUAGCUGGCCGACUUGUCAACAUGACCAAGGAAAUCCGAGAUGUCACAAGAGAUAAAAAACUCUGGCGGACAUUCUUCAUAUCACCAGCCAAUAACGUGUGUUUCUACGGGGAAUGUUCGUACUACUGCUCCACUGAGCACGCUCUGUGUGGCAAACCAGACCAGAUAGAAGGUUCCCUGGCCGCCUUCCUCCCGGACCUCGCUUUGGCCAAACGCAAAACCUGGAGGAACCCUUGGAGACGCUCCUACCACAAACGCAAGAAGGCAGAAUGGGAAGUGGACCCAGACUACUGCGAGGAGGUCAAACAGACUCCGCCCUACGACAGCGGGACCAGACUCCUGGACAUCAUGGACAUGACCAUCUUUGACUUCCUCAUGGGAAACAUGGAUCGGCAUCAUUACGAGACGUUUGAAAAGUUUGGAAAUGAGACAUUCAUCAUUCACCUGGACAACGGCAGAGGGUUUGGAAAGUACUCCCAUGACGAGAAGUCCAUUCUGGUCCCGCUGACGCAGUGCUGCAGGGUACGCAAGAGCACACACUUGCGUCUGCAGCUGCUGGCUAAGGAAGAAUACAAGCUGUCCAUGCUGGUGGCAGAAUCCUUGGUGAGGGACCGCCUCAGCCCAAUCCUCAUCCAGCCACACCUGGACGCCAUGGACCGUCGCCUACGCCAGGUUCUGCAGGUGUUGGCUGAAUGCAUUGAGAAGGAAGGUUACAGUUACGUGGUGGACAACGACCUUCAAGGGGACCAAUGGACAGACCACACGGGGCCCAGAAGGAGGUAGCUGGUUGCGGGACCAGGAAGCUGAAUCAACUGGAACUUUUUUCGGGUGUGAACUGAAUGCUUUCAGGCCCAGCUGCCUAAAAAGUCUGAACCUGCUGGACUUGCAACAGAACUAAAAAGUUGAUGUAAGUGAAAUGUAUCCUGAACGAGUCUCCAGUUGAAUCUUUGUGACGUGCGAGACGACCUUCUCCUUUGUCUCCUACUGGACCUUUUUUUGAAUUCAGUGAAUUCUGUGGGACUUGAAAAGACUCUCCCAGACGUGUUUCUACAUACUGCUGGCACCACAAAUUAGGGAGGAGGAGAAGCUAGCUUGGUUUCUAUCGAUUCAAUGAUACAGAAAUAUUUUGUGUGUGUUUACAGUUUUGUCUGUUAUUUUGUUUUCUAUCAUGGCUGUUCAGGAUUUCAAUCAUUUUCAUUGGAGUGCAGGUCAACUCCUGCAGUUUCCCAUUAUUGUUUUGAGAGAGUAUUUAUUUAAAAAAAAAAAAAAUUAUUAAGCAUAUUUAUAUAAAUUAAAAUCAGCCAAAAAGAUGCUUCACCCUAGGGGUGUUCUUCCUUAUUUGUCCACAAGAGGGAAGCAUUGCUGUGUGCAAAGGAUCUGCCAGCAGGGCAGAAAAUUCAUCAAUUUGCAUAUUUUGCAUAUUUCAUUAACGGGAAUUAAGAUGCCUUUACAAAUACUAAAGAGCAUGUUUACAAUACUGUUUAUGUUCUUACGUUCCAAUGCAACACAUAAACAACUACUGGCCACAAUAUUAACUUUGCAAUAGAGACUGAAACAAUUAUCUUAAUUAUUGUGGUUUGCUAUCCUUGGAUUAGCUUGUGCAGGUGUACUUAAUAUUGUGGCCUGAGAGUGUAUACGCGGUUACGGUACCAAAAGCCCAAUGUUACAUUUUAGUACUGUUUUUUUUUUUUUUUUUUUUUUUUUUGUAAUAUAACUUGUGUCCAGAUAUUAUUUUUCGGGGAUGUACAUUUCAUUCAUGAACAGCAGCUUUGAUGGCUGAGCUGUUGGUGCCAAUAGGCUCAAAUUUAAUAUAUACCAUAGGAAAUUCUCUAGUGCCUGUGCAAAGAUAGAAAUACUUGAAUGUCUGGUUUCAUUAAAAAGGCUGUUUCAACUCCUCCAAAUAAUUGUGGAGAUGUUUGUAUGUACACGUGAGUGCUGACUGCAUCUGUUUCAUGACAUGUUUUUUACAGUCCUGUGUCAAUACAUUGUGUGUGUGUGAGUGCGUGCGUGCGAGAGAAAGAGUGGAUCCAUGGAGAAGAUGUUAAUCAAGUUCAUCAGCAGCACAUUGUUUCUGUUUUUUAUUUUUAUGCAUCAUGUUAAAAGUGCAAUAAAAUUAAAAAAAAAUCUGAA